AUGCAUCCCCGACAGCGCGCGAACCGGGAUGCGCCUGCCCUGGAGGCUAGACAUACUCGCUUGGAGAAGCUGGAUAUCAACUUUGCGCGAGAGGAAAACACCUUCCUCGUCGCGCCUGCCGGUCCUACCGGUGUAAACUGGUGGCCGUAUACGUGGGAGGGCGCCCAAGGCUUCGCCACUCCGACGACGGCUCAACCCGAACCCACGCCCGCCCAGACGCAGGACUCCAUUCCUACCUCCACCACCUCCUCUUCCGAUCCCUCUUCAACUUCUACCUCGGUCCCUACACCUGCAUCGAGUACGAGCUCAGCAACGUCCUUCCAAGGAUCCGUAAUCUCGGCGUCCUCGACUGCGAGCGGAACUUCUGCCGCGUCUGUUCGUGCUGUUAGCUCAACAUCUCCGUUCAAGCUGUAUUUGCUUGCCCCUAUCAUCGGUGGAGUUGGGCUAACCCUGCUCGCGAUAUGCAUCGUCUGCCGACGUCGGCGUCAUCGCCGACACAAGGACACGAUCUCCGCUCUCGAAGCAGGUCCGCGUUACGAGACUUACGAGUCGAAGCCGCUCUUUCCCCUGGACGGCAUGCAACAGGUCUCCCUCCUUCGACCUGAGGAUCCGCGCGGCGUUCAACGUGUACAUGCGAAUCAACGCCCUCCCAGCCAUCGGAGCAAACGUAGCAAGCGCUCUACUCGAAGACCCGCCCAGCCUGGUUUAGCCGCCGCUUCGCGCUCUUCACACACGCUCGGAGUUCCUGAGCUUUCCGAGCGCCCAGACUCCCCCAGUGUCUACAGUGUACCAUCGCGGGGCCCAUCGCGGGCCAUGACAGUGCUCUCCGCCCAUCCCAAGAACGCGGGCGCGGACGAGUCGUACGAUAGUCAUCGCCACAAGUCUAUCCGACGUGGACUGGUCGAGCGCAUUAACUCAGAGGGCCGUCGCGGAGCAGGUUAUCAAGCUGUCUCUGACGACGAGGAUGAAGAGGAGGAUGCGAUGCUAGCCUACUACGAAUCCGGGCGCUCUCCGUUGUCUGCCGUCACUGCGCGAUCGGGUCCCGGUUUCCGCAUCGUUCAAGAAGACCCACCGAGCCCGAGCGCGCUUCACUCUGAAGCUAGCAGCUCCUGGCUUGCUUGGACGCGCGGAUGGUCUGCUUCGAACCUCAACAUCGCGGAGCAAGCCCCGCCUGCUUCUGGACACAGCCACUUCACGCCCAAGCCAAUGCGCCGUCGCGACCGGACCAGCGGGAGCUCGAGCGGCGCGGUGACGCCCACUGCGCGCACUCCCACGCAUAGCCGCCCACCAUCACGCACCACAACACCUGCUCGUAGUCGCCCGGCGUCGCGCACCACAUCUCCCGCCCGCAAUGCACCUCCGCGCGUCCCAAUGCUGCCGGCGAGUCCCCCGCUUGUUAGCUCACCGCAGUUCAAUGCUGCGCUGACUUUCGGCGGGCCGGACCCGAGCGCUCAACCAACAACGUCGCCGCGGCGUAAGGCGCGCGCAACGUCCCCGUCAUCGCGGGAGACGGCGCGCGAACAUCAGUCUCGUCGUUCCACGCGCGACACGAAGCUGCCGUACCCUGGUGAUGUAGAAGGCGAGGACCGUCGGCGGGGGCGGGAGCAGCGAAAGAAGACAUCUCCUGAGCGUGAGCAUGCACUGGAUGAGGUCGAUGCUAUUGUUGCCAGGAGCAUCGUGCAGAAGCGCGUGGCUUCGGAGGAGUCUGAGCUCGCGGGGUGGACGAGCAUUCAGCAGAGGCUGGAGGCACUGGCUUGA